AUGCCUGGAAUUGAACUUGACAAAACCGCAACUGUCGCCGUGAGCGAUGGUCCCCUGACUGCGAACGAUAUCCUUCAGCUGCAACCAUCGUAUCCCGACGAACCGCUUGACGUCCUGCGCGCCCGUUACGACGAGGAUGGCAUGCUCCUCCUCAAAGGCCUUAUUCCGCGCGAGGAUGUGCUACAGGCCCGCGCAAAGUAUUUUGAAAUGAUGUCUCCUACUGGUGUCCUCAAAGAUGACACUACUCCCGUGCAGGGUAUCUUCAACCCGAACAAUUCUCCCGACGAUUUCCCCGGUAUCGGUGCCGGUGCGGUGGGGAUGAACGGACGGCCAGGAGGGGACAACGCCCAGGCGUUUGUCGACUUGGCCAUCCAGGCCCAUUACAAGGACUGGUACACCAAGGAUCUGUGCAAGCAUUCCGCACUGCUGGGGUUUGUCGCCAAGUUUACCGGAUGGAAGGAGAACACCUUGGGACUGAAGAGGUCGCUGUUGAGGAAUAACGUGCCGCAUACAAAGCCCAUUGGCGUGCACUACGACCAAAUCUUUCUCCGAUAUGGAGAACCCACGAGCGUGACAGCUUGGGUACCGAUGGGCGACGUCAGUCUCACAGGGGGAGGAUUGAUAUAUCUUGAAGGCGGCGAUAGUGUCGGCCAAGAAUUCGAAGAAAAUUUUAACAAAAAGGCCCGCGAAUGUGGACUCACCGAGGACGAAGCCAGGAACGCUUUCAACCAGAACAUGAUGUCGACAGGACUGCUGUCAGAAAACCCGGCCGAGUUUGCGAAGCAAUACAACCGGCGAUGGCUGGUCUCUUCCUAUGACGCCGGCGAUGUCGUCCUCCACAAGCCGCACGCGAUACAUGCAUCUACCGUGAACAACGAUCCGGAUAAUGUAAUCCGUCUAGCGACGGACCUGAGGUUUGUCAACGAGGCGAAACCAUAUGAUGCGAGAUGGACCAAGUAUUACGAAUUCGGAGACGGUGUUUAA